GCCCGGAGCCCGGAGCCGGCGGCGGGGAGGCCCGGCCGGGCAGCCGUGGGGGCCGGCGGCGCCGCACCCUCCGCCAGGCCCCGCGGGAUGCUCCGUGGGAGCCGAGGGCGGAGGCGACACUCUCAGGUAAAGUGGCAAGAUGACGAGCAGCACGUCAAAAGAGGUGCCUUUGCCCAGCGCACGCAGCUUGCAGAGUAAGGAGGCCGCUCAAGCAGAUAUAACCUCAACUUGGGAUGCACUUUAUCAAACUAAGGCUGCUUUGAGACACAUCGAGAACAAAUUAGAAGUGGCCCCGACCAGUACAGCUGUGUUUGAUUCUGUCAUGGACACCAAGAAAUUGCCAGCAAGUGCAACUCGAAAAAUCAGUAGAAAAGAUGGCAGGUACCUGGAUGACCCCUGGGGCAGUGCUCCAGCCUCCAAAGCUUCCAAGUCGCGGAAAGAGAAAUCCCGCAGCCCGCUGAGAGCGACCACACUGGAGAGCAACGUGAGGAAAAGCAACCGUGUGGAAUUCCGCGAGCCUUUGGCUUCCUACAGGGAAAUCCACGGCCCGCCCUCCAGCGUGAGCCCCAACCCGCUGGAACUCAAGCACGGCUGCUGUGUGGGUGCUGCCGAGGACGUGGGCGAGGCGGGGCGCCGGGCGCGCAGCAGCCGGGAAGAGUGGCCCGGCCGAGGCUGUGACCUGGACAGCGCCCACCCGCCCGCCCUCCACGAGACCGUCAUUCGCUUCCUGAACGAUCGGCCGGCCAUCGCCGCCUUGCAGAACGCGGAGAGCGCCACCACUCUGGCCGCGCUGGCGCGAGCGCAGGGAGAGCACCCCGCCAGGGCCCUGGGGAGCGAGAACAGCGCCCAGGCCGCGGGCUGCAACGGGGCCCCCGACGCCGAGUCGCGAGCGCUGCGGCUGGCCGACUCGUCCCCCUCCUCCACCAGCACGGCCAGCUCCCAGCGGCUGGAGCUCCUGCGGCGGCGCCAGCAUGACGUCAAGCUGGAGCGGCUCAAGGAGAGGAUCCGGAAGCAGUGGGAGCACUCGGAGGGAGUCGGCGGGCGGGGCCUGAACCUGGGCCGCCUGGACCAUCCGGUGAUGCUGGUGAACGUGGACAGCGCUGUGACCGCCAAGGUUCGGAAGGUGGCCACCGCGCCCCCUGCUCCGAUAUACCGAGGGUUCAAUACUUCAGAGACCAAGAUCCGGACGCCCGACGGGAAAGUGUGGCAGGAGGCCGAGUUCCAGAGCCUGAGCCGAGAGCUGUGUCGAGACCUGGCGCUGCACCUGGCAGAUGAUGUCUCUGUGAAAGACAAGCCUGCUGACAGAAACAAGGAGAAGAAAAUCGUCAAGCCGGUCCGGAAAGUCCAGAAGGUAGCACAGUUUUCGAGUUCGGAAUGCAGAGCAGGUAGCAGUCGUCUGAUCAGUACGUCCUCCUGGCGAGAUGGACAAAAGUUGGUCAAGAAGAUUCUGGGCCCUGCGCCCCGGAUGGAGCAGAGAGAGCGCAGGACAGCGUCCAGCGACCGUGGUGGGAGGGACAGCGCUGUGGUGCCUGGGGCCACCUUGGGGCGCGCCGACUCCGAGCCCAGGUUAGACGCUGCGCCCAGGCGCCUCCCACGCAGCAUGGAGCGGGCCCGGAGCAGGCCACGGGCCGAGAGCAGCACCCGGAAGGCCGCGCCGGCCCUCACGGACCCGCAGCAGGAGGACGCGGCGGCCUUAAACGCAGACUUCCUCCCCGACGCCAUCCGCGGCAUCCUGGACGAUCUGCAGCUGGAGCCCGCGGCCCAGGCGCCUGGGCCGGACGCUGGAGGGGACGUCCCAAACCAGGCGGUGGCCGCCCCGGCCCCCGUGCCCAGGAGCCAGAGCCCCGGGAAGAGGAAGCCCGACAAGGUGGCGGCCGGCGACGAGCCGCCCGUCACCUCCAAGAAGCGCCACUACGAUUCGGACGAGGUGCGGCAGUACAUCGUGCGGCAGCAGGAGGAGCGGAAGCGGAAGCAGAGCGAGGAGAAGCGGGCGCAGAAGGAGGCCACGGAGCAGAAGAACAAGCGGCUGCAGGAACUGUACCGCAAGCAGAGGGAGGCCUUCGCCAAGGGCCGCGCCGCGCCCCCCGAGCAGGCCCCCGCGCCCCGGCGGCUGCAGGACACCUACUCCAGACUGCUGCUGGGCAGGGGCCCGCUCGAGGAGCCCGCACGGACGCAGGCCGGGCCCGACACGCAGGUCAGACCAGGGUAUCAGCCCUCCGGGGAGUCGGACAAAGAGAACAAAGUGCAGGAGCGUCCCCCCAGCGCAUCGUCCAGCAGCGACAUGUCCCUCUCUGAGCCCCCACAGCCUCUCACCAGAAGGGACGUGGUGGAAUCCACAUGGGUGCAGCCUGACAGAUUGAGUCCCCGAGGUCUCCAGCCGCAGCCGCAGGCCCCGCCUCUCACCAGCGCGGCCGGAAGUUUACUCUCUCAACUCCUGAAUCUGGAGCAUGUUGGAAUCUCGCAUCAGGAUCUUGAAUCUAUUUUCCCAACCAGGAAAACUCCCAACGUGGCUUCAGGACAAUUGACUUUUCUGCCUCAACCGUACGUGACCUCACCAGCUGCUGUUCCCGAUGCCUUGCUCAAACCGAGUGCCAGCCAGUACAAGAGCAAACUGGACCGAAUCGAAGCCCUGAAGCUCACAGCCGCCUCCCUGUCCAGCAGGAUCGAAAGCGAAGCCAAGAAACUAGCCGGCGCCAACAUCAACUAUGGGUCCGUGUGGAACUCCGACGCCGACGUCCAUCCACCGCCCCACGAGGCUGGACCGUGGGCCAAGCCUCCUAGUCCGCCGGUCAAAGAGGACGCCGAGGACGUCUUCUCCGCCCGAAUCCAGAAGAUGCUGGGAACCUGUGUGUCUCACGCGACGUUCGAUGACGACCUCCCGGGCGUGGGCAACCUCAGCGAAUUCAAAAAACUUCCAGAGAUGAUCCGACCUCACAGCGCCAUAUCGAACUUCCGAAUCCGAUCUCCCACCCCCAAGGCAGAGGGGCUGCUGGCCCAGCUGUGUAAGAGGUCAGCGGACUCUUCCGGCUCCGAAGUGCCAACUUCCUCCCAAGACAAGACCAGACGGUCCCUUGGUUCCAGCACAGAGUCUGUCAGUGAGGGGCUGCUGCUUAGCGAGGGGGGUCUCUCGGAAGAAGAGGGGAGCCCCACGGGACGGCCACCUCUGAAGGUGGCCGAGAUCCUGAAGGAGAAGGAAUUCUGUGCCGGGGAACGGAAUGCUUAUGACCCUAUCAAAGAGUUUCAGAAGGAAGCUGAGAAGUUCUUACCACUCUUUGGUCAGCUGGCUGGCAGAUCGAGCCCAGGACCGUGGGAAGAACUGGCCAAGGGAAGUCCGCAUAGUGUCAUUAAUAUUUUCACAAAGUCCUACCAGUUCCAUGGCAAAGGUCUGGAGGACAGGCUGGAAAGAGGAGCAUCGGGCUCUCGGCUGGAGCACGCUGCGGCCUCCCCACCCAGCAGCGCAUCCUACGAAGAUGACUUUGUCUCGUCCUCGGGGAAUGAGACUCUGACGGACCGAAAAUCAACUCUGGAGCCUAACGUUGGCAGCAGCCUCGGUGUCCCGGAGGAACAUUCCAGCAGGAAGUCGGCCUAUGACCCCUCCUCUCUGGACCUCACCUCCCUGCCUUCGUCCGGGGUCCCGUCAGCUGCGUCCUCGCGUUCAUCGUCCUCGAAAGGGAAGAAGGUGAAGAAGGAGAAAACGGAGUGGCGGGAGUCACUCUCCGGAAGUGUCCCGAGUUCUGUCCCCGCUGAGGAACGGCUGCAUUCUGGUGCAGAGCGCGGCUCUCCCCGAGGGAGCAAGUCAGGGGCCAACAGCAGACUCUCAGCCAGAGGCCACGAGCAAGCCCCAGACUCUGACAACACUCUGGAGGAGCUCUCCGGGCACACGCUGAGUGUUUCAUCAGACAAGGGACGGUCUCAGAAAACUCCGACUUCUCCCCUAUCUCCAAGCUCCCAAAAACUCCUUCAGUUCGACCUCCCUGGAACAUCCUUAGAAAGAUCGAGAUCGUCGGUGAUGAUGCCGUCCGCCUCCUCAGGGCUCGGUCCUGCUGCUGCCUUCCCGGAUCUGGCGGGCAGCAGAGCAGCGUCAGAAAAGGCGCCCUCACCAGGUUCUCAGCGCUUUUCUCCUGCCGGCCUCCAGCACCGCAUGGCCGCCGAGCUCAGCUAUCUGAGUGCCAUUGAGGAGUCCGUGCGCCACCUGACAGAUGUCGAGCGGGUCCGUGGCGUGUCACUGGCUCAGCAGGAGAGCGUGUCCCUGGCGCAGAUCAUCAAGGCCCAGCAGCAGCGCCAUGAGAGGGACCUGGCCCUUCUGAAGCUGAAGGCCGAGCAGGAGGCCCUUGCGUGUCAGCGACAGCUGGAAGAGACGCGGAGUCGCGCUGCUCAGGCCCACUCGGAGUCCUUGCAGCAGGUGGUCAGGUCCCAGAGGGAGGCGGCCGAGGUGCUGCAGGAGGCCACCAGUAAGAUGGCCGCUCAGCAGACGGAGACGGCUCGGCUCACCACCGAUGCAGCCCGCCACAUCUGUGAGAUGGCGGAGUUGACCCGGACGCACAUCGCGGGGGCCAUCAGUGCCUCGGGCGCGCCCCUGGCCAUGCUGUAUGACCACCAGCGGCACCACCCUUCAGACAUGGCCAGGCAGCUGCGGGCCAGAGCCGAAACGGAUAGGAAAAAUCAGUCCGUUUCACUUGCUCAGAGUAAGGAAGACACCUUUGACUCAAAGCACCCGAAGUUUGACAGCUACUCCGAGUCUCACAGAUACAAGCAUCGUGACCGCAGAAGUAGCAGUGACAGCAGCCGCCAGGACAGUCCCUCGGCUCUGUCCUCCAGGGACAGUGAGCAGAAGCGCCACGCCGAGAAGCUGGAGAGCUCCAUUGAGGAGCAGGCCCCGACCGCCGUGGACGACUCCCUGCAAAGUGACAGCGUCCCGUCCCUGCCUGAGGAGAAAGAUUCAACUUCAAUCGCAACAGAGUAUUCCCUGAAGUUUGACGAGUCCAUGACAGAGGAUGAAAUAGAGGAGAAGUCCUUCCGGUCUCUGUUACCUUCCGAGAGCCAUCGCCGAUUCAACAUGGAAAAGAAAAGAGGCCAGCACGAUGACUCGGACGAAGAGACGUCCCCUGAGAAGACGACCCCAUCUUCUUCCAAGGAGCUGAGCAUGCCGUUCUCGGGCGGACAGGACAGCUUUUCUAAAUUCACCAUGGAGAUGGUCCGCCAGUACAUGAAGGAAGAGGAAAUGAGGGCCGCUCACCAGUCUUCACUGCUGCGUCUGCGUGAGAAGGCCCUGAAGGAAAAAACCAAGGCUGAACUAGCCUGGCUAGAGCACCAGAAAAAACAUCUCCGAGACAAAGGAGAAGAUGAUAAAAUGCCCCCACUCCGGAAGAAACAGCGGGGUUUGCUCUUAAGACUGCAGCAAGAAAAGGCAGAAAUCAAACGUCUCCAAGAAGCCAACAAGGCGGCUCGGAAGGAGAGACAGCUGAUUCUCAAGCAGCAGGAGGAGAUCGAGAGGAUCCGGCAGACCACCAUCAAGCUGCAGGAGAAGCUCAAGUCCGCGGGGGACAAGAAAUUGGACUCUCCCAGCGAUGAGGAUCUGCGGGAUAACAAAGAGGCCAGCCCGGGCCCGACGGACCUGGAGACCCGCAGCCCGUCCCCCAUCUCCAUCUCCAGCAGUGAGACCAGCAGCAUCAUGCAGAAGCUUAAGAAGAUGCGGAGCCGCAUGGAUGAAAAGUUUCUGACCAAGCGGGAGCAGAAACUGAUGCAGCGGCGCCAGCAUGCCGAGGAGCUACUGGAAUGGAAGCGGCGCCUGGAUGCCGAGGAGGCGGAAAUCCGGCAGAUGGAGAAGCAGGCCCUGGCGGCCUGGGACAAGGAGCUGCUGAAACCGAAGUCGCCCAAGGAGGAUCAGCGGACAGAGCGGAAAGACACAGUGAGCGCAGCGGAGUCGCACAGCGAGAGCUCUGUCCCCGAGGAGCUGGGCUGCCCUGCCGGGUUCCCACCGUCCGAGUCCACCACGGCCGAGCAGCACCGGAGCUCAGCCCCCACCUCCCUCGCCGAAGACCUGGUGUUCUCACAGGGGCUGGAGUCAUCCGCCUCUCCCAGUAAACACUCACCUCCCAAAAGCUGCACGUCUGUGUCAAAGCAGGAGUCCAGCAAAGGGAGCCAUCGGAAUGGCAGCCAAGGCCGCCUGCCCUCCAGGUCCCACCAGCAUUCUCCCAGCUGGUCCGACGAGUCUCUGUCCGUGACACAGUCCGAAACUGCCUCUGACCAGAGUGACAUCGAAGGUCGGAUCCGAGCCCUCAAGGAUGAGCUGCGGAAAAGGAAGUCUGUGGUAGAGCAGCUGAAGCAGGAGCAGAAAAAGAGGCAGAAGGAGAGGCUGAGAGCCCAGGAGGCCAGCCUGAUCAAACAGCUGGAGUCGUAUGACGAAUUCAUCAAGAAAACUGAAGCUGAGCUUAAUCGCGAUUUGGAAACGUCACCAACCGCCAAGCCUCAGAUUAAAACGCUCUCCACCGCUUCCGAGAAACCCAAGAUCAAGCCCCUUCCACUGCACAGAUCGGAGACAGCAAAGACUUGGAAGCCACUGACAGAGUCAGAACGUUCCAGAGGAUCCCUGGGGUCUGUUUCUGAACAAGUCGAUGUUGCCGGGACAGAUACGGAGAGAUCGUCAUCAGAAAAGUCUCUGUCUGGCUCUGCAAAGAGAAUGGUUGAAUUGGACAGCCGAACAGAAGAGCAUUUUCAGACUUCAUCUCCAAUUCUCAGAUCCUCCAGGAAAACCAGGGCAGACCCUGGGGCUUCUCUUGAAAACCUCCCUGAGGUACUCAAGGACUUAAAUGUGCCCAGUCGAAUUCUGGAUGUGUCUGAUAUCAAGGCCGAAGAAACUUCGAGUCAGAAGUCAGACGUACCAGAUGUGGGUCUCGUGGACUCAGAAGAGAGCGCCACCGGAAGUACCCGUUCGAAGCCGUCCGAGGAGUCUGACGUCUUAGUGAAACUAGACACAAAACAAGGACAUUCGUCGGCAGUUCUUCCCAAGGAAGAUCUUUCCUCAGAGUCUCUGGACAUGCAGAACAACCUGAUUCGGUUGGUCAUUAACCGUCUCCAUCAGAAAGAGCCCCAAGAUGGGAUGGACCCGAGUCCAGGCGUCCCGUCGGAAGGAGACUCCCCCUUCUCAGAGCAUCUUCUUGCUCCGAGAGAGACAUCCUACUCGGAAGACUUUGAAGCGUCCUCUUUCAAGAAAGAAAUCACGGCCGGGUCGUGCGGAGGUGACGUGGCAGCGUCCCCCGUGCUCACGCUGCAGAGGGACACCGCGUCUUGCCGAGAGCGGUCCCCGUCGACCCGGAGCUCCGGGAGCAGUGCCACGAGCUUCGGCAGCGACGAUGAGAUCAGCGAGUGCCUCAGCGGCAAGAGCCUCUCGGCCCCCAGCAGCGUCCACUCCGGGCGGCUGCUGGAGCUCAAGUCCCCAACCGAGCUGAUGAAGAGCGAGGAGCGCAGCGACGUCGGGCCCGGCCCGGAGGUGACCGGACCCCUGGCCCCGGCGAAGGACUCGGCCCCCGAGGAGCUGCUCGGCCUCCGCCUUGGGGACCGGGUACUGAUCGGCAACGUUCAGCCGGGCACACUGCGGUUCAAAGGCGAGACGAGUUUCGCCGAAGGCGUCUGGGCCGGCGUCGAGUUGGACAAGCCUGAGGGGAAUAACAACGGCACCUACGACGGCAUCGUCUACUUCGUGUGCAAGGAGAAGCACGGGAUCUUCGCCCCCCCUCAGAAAAUCUCGCGCCUUCCGGAAAGCCUAGACGACCACGCGGGCGCACCGCAAGAGGAAGACGCUUACUCCGAUGAACAGGAGCGAUACGGCGAUGAGGAAGAGAAAGCCAAACAGGGUCCCCAGCUUGAGCGAGAAAAGGAUGCGAUUGAGGCUCUUUCCGAGAAGUUUCUUCCCGGGACGCAGGAAGCAGACACCUCAGGAGAUAAAAGCUUUAAAGCAGAGUCAGACAAGAAGGGACAGGACAUUCAGUUGGGGUCGGACUCCAGCGUCGACCGGGAACCGUCAGUGACAUCACUGGCUUCCUCAAAGGAAAGCAGAGAUCUCUCAGAUGCCACCGAGAGGAGCUCCGGUGCAGGCGACGAGACGCUGGACAGGACCUUCUCUGAGGAGCUGAGCGAGCGGCUGACGGGACAGGAGCAGGGGUCUGCCGCGGCCGUCUCGGAGAAGCCGCCCACCCCCCUUCUGGACCUGUUGGCAAGAGAAAAGGACCACUUGGAGGCCCAGAUCCGGUCGUCCUCGAAGAAGCAGGUGGAGACCGUCAGCCUGCUGACCGAGAGCUUGCUGGAAGUUUUCGUCAAGGACACAGUCAACCAGCUGCAGCAGAUCCACAGAGCUCGGCAGGAGAAAAUCCAGCUCAGCAACCAGGAGUUGCUCGAGGAUGAGCAGGGAGGAGCCCCGUCUCCGGACCGAACCCCGAGUCUGGACACACGGCCACCUGCCGUCCCAGAGUGCUACUUGCGGUCUGAACUGGAAGAUGAGAAAGAAGAGGUGUCCUCGCCCGAUCUCUAUCCCCGGCCCGAGAGUCCGGUGUUCGGCGCCAGUGGACAGGAAGAGCUUGCUAAGAGACUUGCCGAGCUCGAGGUCAGUCGGGAGUUCCUCAGCGUCUUAGGGGACGACCAGGAUUGGUUCGAGGAGGACUUCGGUCUGAGCUCUUCUCACAAGAUCCAGAAGAACAAGGCGGAAGAAACCAUCGUCCCCCUGAUGGCCGAGGCCAAGAGAGCCGCCCCGCAGGCCUGUGAAGUGCUGCUGGCCGUGCCGCACACUGCCCAGGAGGUCGAGCUCCUCGUCCACGGCGCCGCGGAAGAACUCUGGAAGCGCCGAGAGGCAGGGGACGCUCUGCACACCAUCAGCGUCCCUGCAAAGCUGCUGGGCGGGACCAGCAACAGUCUGGACCUCGAGAGCACGAGUAAGAGGGUCUACAAACAGGCGGUUUUUGAUCUCACACGAGAGAUUUUUGAGGAAAUCUUCGCCGAAGAUCCCAACUUGAACCAACCCGUGUGGAUGAAGCCGUCCAGGGUCAACUCGAGUUAUUUCCGGCGUGUGAAAAAUCCCAACAGCCUAGAUGAGAUCAAGAACUUCAUAGCAACGGAAGUGCUCAAGUUAUUUAGUCUGAAAAAGGAGCCCAAUCACAAAACCGACUGGCAGAAAAUGAUGAAGUUUGGGAGGAAGAAGAGAGACCGAGUCGAUCACAUCCUGGUUCAGGAGCUCCACGAGGAGGAGGCCCAGUGGGUGAACUACGACGAGGACGAGCUAUGCGUGAAGAUGCAGCUGGCCGAGGGCAUCUUCGAGAGCCUCUUGCGGGACACAGUGGACGUGCUGAACCGCAUCAGCGACAGGCAGGGCCGGGCGCUGCUCGUGUGACAGUUUGCCAAUAAACCGCCCCCUGAGUGCUAAUGUGAGUCCCGGGCCUUUCUGCCCCCCGACCCGCACCCCGUCUCCAUCUGAGCCACAGUGCUGCCGGACCUCACCCCUGUUCGGAAGGACUUCCGGGUCGGAGUUCACGGGACAGUGCAGUCUGGCUGCACGCGCAGCCUUUUCCUCUGGAGACUGUCCGCUGGACUGGCUGUGGGGGGCAGGGCGCGCCCCUGGUGUCCAUGGAGUGUGUGGUUCUGCGCCUCAUUCCAGCUCGGGUGAGGGCCACAGGCAGCAGUCCAGCCUCAGCGGAGACGGGGCGGAGCCUCCCCUCACAGGAAGUCAGGAGAGAGGCGGGGACGAUGGCAUCCGAGUGUCCCGGCCCCGUAACCUUCUGGUCUCUCGACAGUAUUAAGCCCUUGCCCUGCUUCUCGGCAGACACGUUCACUCAUCUCUGCCCGCGUCACUCGCUGGGGGGCGGCGGGAGUCGCCUCCUGUCUCUUUGAGGACCAUCUUCUCCCUUACGCAGUUGACCAGCGCCCAGUGGACGAACCGGUUAGCAGACAUCAGUGCUGACCUGUGGCUGCGGAAAGGAAAUCAGGCUUCCGAGCACGGCCGGAAGAAUCGAGACCCAGGCAGGGCGGCUUCUGCGGCCCUCGCCCGGCCUCGCACUUCCCUCAGUCCUUCUGAACCUCUACCAGUACUUCUGAGCACACCGAAAGCCAGAGCCUCAGGACCACCUCAGGCCACCCCGCGCGGACGGCGGAAGCGGCCAGAAGUCACAUCGGCCGUCACUGAGUCCAACCCGGCCGCUUCUCCCACCCGGCCAGACGCUGCGACUAGCGCGCAGGACGGGAGCGUGUGCGCCCGAGACAAACGCACCGCCCGUUGUGCCCGUCGUGUGCUGCACAACUCUCUUAAUUUAUUGCUAGGUAAAUUAUUGCGAGGUCGACAGUGUGUGUCCGCCCGGAAGUGAGCGUCUUCUUGUCACAGUUCAGCCUUCUGUCUUGCCGCCUCUGGGGCUCGCGCUUUUUGCACAGGAAACCGAGGUUCUCACGCGCCCCUCGAGGGUCAGUGGAAGAAGAGGCGUUUUCCCUCCAGACCACCCACAGCAGCGGGCCUGGGAGGAAGCGAACGAAGGCCCCUCCGAGCUCGGUUCUGCCUCUGGUACCGUUGCUUCCCUGAACGGAACCGCAUCAGACUCCAGCACGCGUGCACGCGCGGGGCCUCCUCUGCCCGCGCCCCCGGCCCUGCUCUCGACUGGCCCUCCU